AGAAAGCGCAGGGGGAGAAACGCUUUAUUUCAUGUUAGGAGGUUUAACGGACACACACUCGCCUUUUCACGGCAUUUUUUGUUUUAUUAAUUGUAUGAUUAAUAGUACUAAUAGUGCAGCCGAAUUUCAAGUUGGUUGAACGUGGAAUUUAAAUCGUUUUUACAUUUUGGAUUUUACUCCUAACGACAUGGGGAAUAGCCAGAGACGAUGCGGGAAAUGGCUUUCUUGUUGGACACUUGCAACGCAGCUGUUCAUUUUUGUCUUCGUGAUUUCUACCGUCAACGGUCAGAUUCGUUACUCAAUUCUGGAGGAGAUGAAGAAAGGUUCGCUUGUCGGGAAUGUAGCACAAGAUCUCGGUUUGGAUCUGAAAAGGCUCCGCUCCGGUCGGGCCCGCAUCGUGACCGGAGAAAACAAUCAGUUAACCGAGCUAAAAACAGACAAAGGGAUUUUAGUCGUGAAUGAGAGAAUCGACCGAGAAGAGCUUUGUGGAGACGUUACACCGUGCAGCUUCAGCUUCGAGAUCAUUUUGGAAAACCCAAUUGAAGUGCACAGGGUGACAGUCGAGAUAUUAGACGUAAAUGACCAUGCGCCAACGUUCAAAAAUAAUGUAAUUAAUCUAGAAAUCAGUGAAUCUGCAACAGUGGGAUCUUAUUUCGAUUUGGAAAACGCCUAUGACCCCGAUGCAGGCAUUCACGGAUUACAAAAAUAUGUUUUAUCCUCGAAUGAUAAUUUCGUUUUGAAGCAACACUCCAACGCUGAUAGAAACAAGCUUGCAGUAAUGAUUUUACAGAAGCCACUAGACCGAGAGUUGAAUCCACACCUCUCACUAAAGCUGAUUGCAGUAGAUGGAGGAACUCCACCACGAUCUGGUACAGUAAAUGUAGAGAUCACUGUUAUUGAUGUAAAUGAUAAUCGUCCUAUUUUUAAUCAAUCUGUAUACGUUGCUACGGUGUUAGAAAAUGCACCAAUUGGCACAUAUGUUACGACUGUGAAUGCUUCAGAUGCUGACAGUGGAUCUAAUGGCUUAAUCACAUAUACGUUUUCUAACGUGAACGGGAAGACAGGCGAACUAUUCGAAAUCGAUAGUUUAACUGGCAAAAUAACGGUAGCUGAUUAUAUCGAUUUCGAAAAAGAUAAAAAAUAUGAAAUAAGAGUGAUUGCCAAAGAUCAGGGUAGCCUAAGUGAUGCAACGCAAGUUAUGAUAGAAGUUGCUGACAAAAAUGAUAACGCUCCAGUUAUAAAUAUAAUGUCAUAUUCCAGCAUGAUAUCAGAGGACGUCCCUGUAGGCACAACUAUCGCCGUUUUUCAUGUUAGAGAUGCAGACUCUGAAAGAAACGGUCAAAUUACCUGCUCAAUGGAUUAUUAUCUUCCAUUUAAAAUCCAGUCGUCUUUGACUAAUUAUUACAAUUUGCUUUCAAAUGUACCUUUUGAUCGUGAAACAAUUCCAGAAUACAACAUAACGAUAACGGCAACUGACUCAGGGUCACCUCCUCUUUCUACUAAAAUAACGUUACAACUGAAGAUCUCUGAUGUUAACGAUAAUGCUCCCCUCUUUACUAGGACAAGUUUUUCUGCCUUCAUCAUUGAAAAUAAUGUACCUGGUAUGCCAAUAUUUUCUCUGAGUGCUCAAGACUCAGAUUGGAAUCAAAACGCAAGAAUCUCGUACUUUCUAGAAGACAAACAAGUCGGUGGAGGCCCAGUUUCCUCUUAUGUAUCCAUAAACUCCGAAACUGGGGCUCUUCAUGCAGUGCGUUCAUUUGAUUAUGAGCAAAUCAAGCAGCUUUUAUUCUCUGUCAAAGCGCAAGAUGGAGGCUCCCCUCCACUCAGCAGCAAUGUGUCUGUAACAAUACUGAUCCAGGAUCAGAACGACAACCCUCCUCAGGUUCUGUACCCGGUGCAGACUGGAGGCUCUCUGGUGGCUGAGAUGGUUCCUCGUUCAGCAGAUGUGGGCUAUCUGGUCACUAAAGUGGUGGCUGUUGAUGUGGACUCUGGACAGAACGCCUGGCUCUCCUAUAAACUGCAGAAAGCCACAGACAGGGCGCUGUUUGAAGUGGGCUUACAGAAUGGAGAAAUAAGAACUAUCCGCGGAGUCACUGAUAAAGAUGCUGUGAAACAAAGACUGACUGUGAUAGUGGAGGACAACGGGCAGCCCUCUCGUUCAGCUACAGUCAUUGUUAACGUGGCGGUGGCGGACAGCUUCCCUGAAGUGCUGUCUGAGUUCACUGACUACACACAAGACAAGGAGUACAAUGACAACCUGACCUUCUACUUAGUGUUGGCUUUGGCUGUAGUUUCCUUCCUCUUCAUCACGUGUUUAGUGGUUAUUAUAUCGGUGAAGAUCUACAGAUGGAGACAGUCUCGCGUCCUGUAUCACUCCAAUCUCCCUGUGAUUCCGUAUUAUCCACCACGUUACUCAGACACUCUGGGGACAGGGACUCUCCCACACGUGUACAACUACGAGGUGUGCAGGACGAAUGACUCCAGAAUGAGUGACUGUAAGUUCGGCACAGUCGGUAGUCAGAACGUGCUGAUAAUGGACCCCAGUUCUACAGGAACGAUGCAGCGGAUGCAAAGUGAGAAGAACAUCCUGGAUGAACCAGACUCUCCUCUAGAGGUUAGUUAA